CAAACUGAGGCAAGUUCCGAAAUCCAACGAGUUUCAAACAAAAGUGGAAACAAAAACAGAGUUUGUUUGGACACAUAUUUUUGAAACAGAAAGUUGAAAGCACUCUCACUCAACUCAAUGGAAGCAAUAAGAAAACAAGCUACAAAGCUGAGAGAACAAGUUGCCAAACAACAACAGGCUGUCUUCAAACAAUUUUCUAGCGGACUAGGUAGCACAGAUAAUAGUGUUACUGAUGAAGUAGAGUUGCAGCAACAUCAAAAACUUGAGAAGCUCUACAUUUCUACUCGUGCCGGCAAGCACUUCCAAAGAGAUAUCGUCCGAGGUGUUGAAGGCUACAUCAUCAGUGGCUCUAAGCAAAUUGAAAUUGGUACUAGGUUGUCAGAUGAUAGCCGAAAAUAUGGGGCUGAAAAUACAUGUACAAGUGGAAGUACGUUAUCUAAAGCAGCAUUAUGUUACAGUAGGGCUCAAGGUGAAAUUGAGAAGGAACGUGAGGAUCUACUAAAGGCCCUCGGGACGCAGGUUGCUGAGCCUUUAAGAGCAAUGGUUGUGGGAGCUCCAUUGGAGGAUGCUCGACAUCUUGCUCAACAUUAUGAUAGAGUGAGACAGGAAGCUGAAGCUCAGGCUAUCGAAGUUUCCAGACGCCAGGCUAAAGUGAGGGAAUCCAAUGGUAAUCCUGAAAGUGUAUCAAAGCUGGAAGUUGCUGAAGCAAAACUUAGGGACCUAAAGUCAAACAUGGCUACCUUGGGCAAAGAAGCUUCUGCUGCCAUGGCUGCUGUUGAGGCUCAACAACAGAGGUUAACACUCCAACGGCUCAUAGCCAUGGUUGAGGCACAGAGCCAUUAUCAUCAGCGAGUUCUGCAGAUAUUUGAUCAGCUUGAGGCAGAGAUGAUGUCAGAGCGUCAAAGAAUUGAAGCAUCUCCUAGUUCAGCCACAGAUAAUUCGAUGCCGCCUCCCCCAGCUUAUGCUGAAGUUAAUGGGCUUCCUUUUCAGUCAUAUGAUGGAUCCAUAGAUGGGACCACAUAUUUCUUGGCAGAGGUCGUACACCCAUAUGAAGCUGAGUCAGAUGUAGAGCUCACAUUAUUGAUUGGUGACUAUGUAGUUGUUCGAAAAGUGUCGAACAAUGGUUGGGCUGAAGGUGAGUGCAAGGGCAAAGCAGGUUGGUUCCCAUUUGGGUAUGUAGAAAGACGAGAACGUAUUCUUGCAACCAAGGUAGCUGAAGUUUUCUGAACACUGUAUGCCGACUGCAAAUUUGGCAUUAUGACUGUAUGCAGUUGUGGUUGGCAUUGUCGGUUCCAUGCAAAGUGCAGAAUCUCCUGUGCAUCUGACUGUCGCUAGUGCCUUUGUGUUUGCAUUUGUAAUGGUGUAAUCAGAUUCUUGCAGUAAAGAAUGCUUGUUUUGGCUUUCUUCUUCUUUCAAUUUGGGCUUCCGUCUAUUUGCCUACAAUAUGUCUUUCUUUUCUGCAGCAGAAUGCGGAUCACGGAUCUUUUUUUUGCUAAUCUUAGGGCAGAUUAGAAGAAAUCACUUCGUAUUGUUUCUCU